ACCACACACAAUCCCAGCUCUCUGUCUCUCUGUCACUUUAUCUUCAGCAAGGGCUGCCCACUGGGAUAAUAUUCUCUAUCUGUCUUUCACGCGCAUUAAUCAGUCAUUCUCCGGCUUUUUCUCUCCCUCAUUAUUUGACACUUUUUCUCCAUCUGCUUUCUGUCAUCUUUCUCUUUCACCUCCCUGUCCUCCUCCUUUAUCACUUGCCUCUCACAUCAUCUCACAGACUGGAGAACUCACAGGACGCUGGAGGACAGACAGGUUAGAUACUAACAGGCUGACAAAAGAUGGCAUUUCUGAAGGGAGAGAUUACCUUUGUCUUCUCCCUGUGGGGUUCCCUCCUUUAUGUAGCACUAAUGUCCCUUCCACUGGGGGCAGAGGCACCAAAAAGAAGCCAGUACAUCUGGAAAACAGAUGUAUGGGGUGUAUCGUGUAAUAGUUGCGGUGAAUUAGGGCUUCAGAGUAAGCUCUGUGUGGUGUGUGUCCAUUCUGAAGGCUGGAGCACGCAUCAGUCAGUACUUUCAUCUGAUCGCCCAGCGCACCAGAGAGUGUGUGUGAAGAUGUGCAGCAAGGAUCUGUUUGAGUGGCGCUCGUCUCCUUGGGGUCCCUGCCCGGGUCCUCUCCUCCCAGCCAAUCGAUGUGUGACCGCUCAGCGUGGAGUGCGACGAGAUGUGGUGUGUGUGAAGCGUACCAGCGGCACCGCGGUGAGCCAGCAUAUGUGAAAAGCGUUUUCCAGCAGCGCGGAGCGAGAACAGUGUUUGUUACCCUGCCCGAUCGACUGCGUCGUCUCCUUCACCCACUGGUCCACCUGCGAGUACGUACCUCGCGGUCGAGCCCUCAGCAGCGCGCAGACCGCGAUGCUGUGGCGCCCCACUCUGUAUGGAGGAGCAGACUCUAGCCUCACCCAAAUGUCCCUGCAACACGAAAGCCACCCUGCCCUUUGUCCCUCCGACCAACAGGAAUACGGUUACAGUUUGUGGGUGGGGCCCUAACCUUGCAGACUUAAAGGGACGGGGCCUGUUGGAAAAGACCACAGUGGACUUUGGUUCGGGCUUGAUGGGAAAAAACAAUCAAAGCCGUACACCAUCAACACGCUAGAGUAAUUACCGUCAAAUCAUUAUGAUGAAAGAGGCCAUAAAGAAUCCUGGGAAAUUAUCAUUGGCUAUCAGACUAGGCAACUGCGCUGUAUGAGCGAUGGGAAAAACGCCAUGCUAAGCCUUUGCGACCCGCGAUAACAGCCGGUGAACUUUCGCUCAUGCGUGAUGCCCAGACACCGCAAAGUGUCUGAUUGAUCCGGUGAUCCCGUGUUCAAAAGAACAUGUCCGGACCGUCUGAUCAAUCGCCUGCUUCAAAAUCAGAAACAUAGCCUGGAAAGAGCAGCCAUUGGUGGAGAGAGCCAUGCCCCGCCACAGAAGAGCAUUAACCUUAAUGUUUUGGAAGACACUCUGCCACUGUGCCCAAGGUAUGAGUGGAUGACCAACUGGAAACCAUGCCAGGUGACCCCACUGUUGAGUCAGCAGGACCAUGCAUGCAUGCUGCCACCAGCAUCCUGUGGGCGUGGCAUCGGACCCGAGAGGGAUAUUGUGUCCAGAAUCCAUGACAACAAGUAUCAUCCCAUAGUGAACCGGUCCCUAAUGGCCAGGUGUUCAGAAGAUCCUCCUCGGUCCUGCAGGCAUGUGAGAUGCCUAUCCUGGGGACUGUGUCCUGGGACACUGGAGCCCCUGGACUUCCCUGUUCCCCAGUCCUGCUUGACUGGAAAGCCAUGUCCUCCGGCCCCUAGGCUGGAGCAAUGGAGACCCUGUGGCACACACUCAUGCACAGUAUACUGACCAGGAUACUUCACAGCCAGGAUCCUGUGUGCCAAACACACCAUCUGGAGCGAGCGAAGGUAACAGCACAACUCACAGAUGGAGAAUGAUGCCACCUGCCAGACAGGAGUAGAGAGAUUAAGCCAAAUCACGUGCAGAGCCGGGAGCGGACAUGUUCUGCCAAAGCGAAUCCUCCGUCUGACUAAACAGUCUUGUCCUUUACCUACCAAAACUGGCUGCGUUGUCACACCUUUUAGUGAAUGGAGCGCCUGUACCACUUCCUGUUUAUCAGGUAAUAAAUGCUACACUGCAGCAGUCCGUCACAGGAUCAUAAUCCAGAGACCUGUUCUAUGGAGGUCAGAGUGCCCCGAUACUCUUUAUGAGGAGAGAGAAUGCGAUCCACCUCCUCUCUGUAGCGUGCACAGAUGGCAGACCCGCUGGCAUCAGUGCAUUCUAGUACCUGAUUCAGUGAAGGAGCAGGCUGAGCUGGGUAGGCCACCAGAGGCAUGUGAGUAUUAGCCUAGAGACAAAAGGUAACGGUGUUGGUGCGACGAUUCUCCAGCAGAUAUGACAGACUGUGUGAGGUGGGCUGGGCUGAUGCCCGGCCCGGUGAGGGAAUGUCGUGUGCCUUGCAGGGAUGAAUGUAGCUUCACGCCCUGGAGCAGAUUCAGCCAGUGUCAAGGUUGUGUGAAGUUGGCGCACCUGCCCUCCCGAUCUCUGAUAGGUCGGAGUAAGAAGCUGAGAUGCCAACAGGAGGAGACGUUUCCUCUGCUGGAGAGAGAAGCCUGUCCUUGUUCUGAAUAUCAAACCAAACCUCAGGGUCCCUGGUCCUGUUUGCUCUCACCAGCAAAGAACAUUGCUGGCCAUCCUUUCAUCCAAGGAGUUUUCCACCAAAGCCAAAAGGGCAGUCCAGGGGGCUGGCGAGCUCAGAGGAAGAACAGCGAGUGUGGGCAUGGAAAGCGCUUCAGAGCUCUUGCCUGUCUGGAUCACAUGGGACGACAUUGUCCGUGUACUGUGUGUGCUGUUACAGGAUUAGAAGAGGAAUCGUGUCAUGUAGCCUGUUCUACAGACUGUAAGCUGAGCGAGUGGCCUCAACUGGGUCACUGCAGCGUUGUGGUGGGAGGCGCAGUUGUUCGCUCUCAGUGGCUGCGAGAGAAGCCUUUCAAUGGAGGUCGACUGUGCCCAAAACUCAAUUACAAAAAUCAGGACUAUAUUGAGGGUGAUUUGAGGUGGAGGAGUAGAAGUGUCUUGAGGUGGCCAGAAGGAGAUCAUACCUGCCCUGAUCUAAACCAAACUCAAGCCUGUAUCAAAGGCUGUCUCAAAUACUCCUACUCCUACUCAGGUGACUGGAGCAGCUGUCAGCUCAGUGAAAGCGCAGUAUGCGGCGCCAGGAUGGAGACCAGACUCCUGAACUGUGUCCGGCGUGACGGGAAGCUGGUGGAACUGAGCAUGUGCAAAGAGUUGGGUCCUUCACGUGGAAAGCUCUCUGCCCCUGCAGUGGCUGCCUGUUGGUGCCUGAUCACAGAGUGGUCCACCUGGUCAGGAUGUUCCACACACCUGUGGAAGCCAAAGUCAAAUGACACGCGAUCCAGGGUAGUUUUGCAGCCCGCGGGUGAAGGUAGAGUGCGUCCUGUCCGUCUCAGCUGUCCCAGACUCGCCCCCUGUCCCAUCAGGCGGUACUACAGCUGGAUACGGGACUGGAGACCGUGCAGGGUGGAAGGGGCUGACUGUGGCGAGGGAGUAAGUCGGAGGAUAUCCUGUGUAGUGCACUGGGGUUCUCUUUCAGGUUCUCCUCGGCCCGUUCCAGUAGAGGAUAAAAUGUGUGUGGGAAAUCAGGAGAGCAAAGUCAGCGAGGUGGAGUUACUGCAGCCCCUGCACAAUCCAUGUCCAGGAGAAUGUCACCUGACCAAAUGGUCACCGUGGAGUUCGUGUCAGCUGCUGUGUGUUUGGAUGGGAGGGAGUUUUGAGACUUGGGGCGAACAGGCUCGUUCUAGAGCCGUAGUCACUCAGGUCCGGGAGAACCAGGACACCUGUCCCAGCCAGAUGUACGAAGGCUUGCGGCCGUGCCGAGGAGGAACAUGUCUUAGUUAUGAAUGGAUGACUGGUGAAUGGAGGCAUAACCGUAGACUGGUGUGGUGCCAGCGCUCUGAUGGAGUCAACGUCACAGGUGUAGGCUGCGUUACUCAGAAGCAGCCCUCUGUCGCACGACAGUGUCAACCCUCCUGCACCAAACCCUUCUCCUUCUGCACACAGAAUGGAGUCUGCGGUUGUGAGAAGGGCUUCACGGAGGUCAUGACCUCCCACGGGUUCCUUGACUACUGCACCCAGAACCCCGCUGACCAUAAGAAGGCAGAUGUGAAGACCACAUGCAGGCCGCCUUCGACCAGAGCAAGCCUGAACAAGCACCCCAUUAAGGACUGGGCGCUACAGCCUCGACCAGACGGCCGUGUCAAGUUAUGGGUGUAUGGGCUGAUGGCGGCCGGGUUUGUCGUGAUCCUCCUCCUCAUCAUCAUGUCCUUCCUCCUGUGUAAAAACCCGGAGGACAGUCCCGGCAGCAGUCCGCAGAAGGCGCUGGCUCUAGCGUACGACGGGGACGUGGACAUGUGAGCCCACCGUGGGUACGCAAUGCUGAAACAUGCUCACAACGCACGUCUGGCAUCUUUCAGAGCGCAACAUAAAUGUUUACGGCAGCGCACGAGCUGAGCACGACAGAUAGCCAGGCCAGAGACGGCGCUGACCGGAUGUUUAAACGACACUAAGACUAAAAGCGAGGCUGUCUGUGGAGGAACUGUUGAGGAGCUGCACAGAGGAAAAUGUCAUGCAGCCAGAACUGAACGCGGCAUACGGUUACCAUAGCUCGAGUGUGUGUGUGUGUGUGUGUGUGUGUGUGUGUGUGUGUGUGUGUGUGUGUGUGUGUGUGUGUGUGUUCAUUCAUGAGGGUGCCCAUCAUGAGGAAAUAGUCCUGUUCGUCUUAAAGGAA